GGAAAUGUGACUGGAAAAAAAAAACACCAAUUAAGCUAAGACACUCAUUACAGGGCUCAUAUACAAUUAAUGCCUUAACCUGCCCAGUUCUAUUUAUUUAGUGUCGAAAUGGAAAAAAUGCUACCCCCUACAUGAAACGGGCUAAAAAUGAUUUUUUAUUAUGUUGUUGACAGGUGAAUCACAGCAAGAACAAACUCCAUAUAGUUACAAAGGUGAUAAAAAUUAAGGAAAACAGAAACAUACAGAUUUAUCAUGGAUAAAGCUCGAAAAAUCAACCUUAUAAGAGAUAUGAAAUAACCACAUCAAUCAUUCUCUCACUUUUUGAUGCUUUAACAUUAUAAUUAAAAAAAAAAAAAACUAGUCAUAAAUACCUGCAAGUUGUCACUGAUGGCACUGUGUCGUGUCAAAAAGCUUGUGCCCGUCUAUUAGAGAAGUGAGGGGGUUAAACCCUUGUCAGUAGGACAGUCGCAAGCUGUCACUCUGAGUUCAAAUUCAUACGCUCUCAUAUGAUUCUGACAGACACAAACUACUUCAGCCUCUGACAUCCAUCUACAUCCAAAGGUAAACAAUAUGUUUCUUGUUUUAGCAGCAGAUAGGCAGUUUUGAUGAUAAGUAGUAAAAGGGAGGGUACGUAGUUUAUGCCUGAGGCAACAAGCUGUUACUGAGUUUCCUAAGUAGAUUAAAGGGUGCAGCACUAAGGACUUGAAGCUGAGCGUACAGAACAAUAAAAAAAAGUCUUUUAAUUACACCACUAAACUCUUGUCAGAGAGAAAUUCAAUAUCUGACAGAUACAUAUUUUCAUCAAAACUGCAAGGAAAAAUAACACAAUUCAAAACAAAGUCAGUGCUCACUUAUUUGAUCAUUCUUUUUGUCAUAUUUUAGAGAAACACUCAAAUAUUUGCCCAGCUUUGCUCCUGAAAUGUAGGGAUUUGCUGCAUUUCUAUGACAUUAAUCAUACUGAAGAAUAUUUGAGGUUGUUGGUUGGACACGAGCAGAAAUUUUGGGAUGUCACUUUGGGCUCUGGGAAAGUUGUGACGGGCAGUUUUUGACAUCACAGACCAAAUAAGUAACUAUCAAAUUCUGAAAAUACUAACUCACCUACUGACAAUGAAAAAGAUAAGUAAUUACAGUCCCGUUUUGAUUAUAUACUUUAGUAGGACAGCCAAAAGAGACACCUGUCUGUGCCACGUCUGGUGGUUAUUAAUAGGACUUGAAAAACAAGGCAAGUCAUAGUACUUUGAUCCUUUUUGUGCCUACUUUUUAUUGGUCAGUUUAAAGUAGUUAUCCUGUUUUAUCACUAAGAGCCCAUAGAGCUGCUAACCCAGAAUCUGUCAGACAGCCUGCAGAAAUAAGUACGUAGAUGGUCGGCACAAUACAGUUCAGGAGUAUACUUAAUCUUCCUCACACCUGCCACAGUCGUGCCAAGCUAUAAAUACUGGGGUCAUAAGAGGAUCCACCUGCUAUCAGUGUGAAGAAGCCUGAUGGAUGCUUGUUCAUGCCAAAGGAGCCAAGCAAAAGACUUACAGUCCCUACUUAUCCAACACUUCCACUUACAAUAAUCACAAGAGGGGCCUGAUUUCUAUAUCCACAACAGUAUCGUUAAGUAAUAGACUGAUUUAUGAUGUAAUAGCUGAGGAUAUUCAAGUCUUGUGUUUCUCUUGCUCAGGAAUAUCAUUAAACAUAAAUGAUAAAUGGUCGACUGUAAUAAAUAUUUUGAUAAUUUAAGCAUGUGUUUUACUGGCUUGUAGUAGUAAUUGUAGGAAUGAAGCAAUUGACCCAAGCACCAUGUAACUUGGGUUUAGCUGGUUUGAUCUUAUGUGAGACAUAUGUAAUACUUUCAGGCUACAUAUGUAACACUUGAAGGCAAAGCUUUCUGGCAGGUAAACAUGUUGUGUUACUGACUCGGGUGCAGUAAUCACAGUAAGGACAUCAUGACAGACGCAAGGAGACCACAGUGGACAUUAAGAGGGGAAAGAUAGAUUGACUAGGAAAAAGGCUGGACUUCAAUAUACUUUAAGCUUCCUUUACAAGGUGAGACCUGUGCGAUCUUAUAAUUUUUUUUUUUUUUGCUUCAGUGGUUUUAAGUUAGGGGGAGAUUUGCAAGCUUAAGCUGUAGCAACAGUAUUUCAUGGAAAAAAAGUAACUUGCAUAUAGUUAUGUUAUAGAUUGUGAUAACUCUACCUUUUCUUUCUGGUAUUUUUCUUUUUCUAAAUAUGUUUUGUCUUUUAUUUGUCCAUGCUUGAAAAAAUGUAGGGUAGAUUGAGAGACAUGCGUGUGACACUGGAGUGAAUGGAAUAUAAUGUUGAUGCAGCAGGAGCUCUCUUUUCCAGAGUCGGCACCACAAAGGAAUUUAGUGUUUCUCAAAUACUUUUGUCAACAUAAAAACUCAGAAAUCUUAGAUAAAUUUUCAAAAGUGAAGAAAUGUAUGUAGAGAUCCCGCUGACCAUAAAUUACCUGAGUGAACGUGUAAUAAAAUACAGUGAAAAUACUUUGGCAGGUGCAGCCCAGCCUUUGGACAAUUUUGUUUUGUUUUUUGUUUUGUAUUGUUACAACUAUGAGAAAUGCAUGCUAUCAUAAACAUAUGCAUGCCUGUCAACAUGGUCAACCAGGUGAAGCAUUACUUGUUCAUACUAAGACAGUUUUUCUUCUUACAACUUUACAAGUAUCAGUAUGUUGGGUCAUUAAGAUUUAGUCAUAUUUAGGUUUGGUGAGGUGAGUCUCAGCUUCUAAAACCUGCACCAUUAUUGGACUGUCAAACUCCUUUAGACUAUUUUAAAUUUUCUGUAGCAGCAUUAAUAGUAUGUAAACCUGCUACAGAUAACACACAACUCUGUACCUACUGUAAAUAGUUUCGCAUGAUCAGCAGUAAACUAAAGUUUUGUCCUUCCUGUCCUCCACAGGGCCUUCAGUGGAUUUAUUUGGGUUCUGAUGUCUCACCGUUUUUGACAUGAAGGUUAAAAAAUAACUUUCACAAUCCAUGCUCACAAGUUCUGGAGUAUUUCAACAAAAAAACCUGUCCACCUUUCUUUAUCACAUCUGUUGAGUUUGGAGCUCCUCAGAUCACCGUUUGUGACAUGAUUGCAUCUGUAAAGCUCAUCCAGGAGCUGCAUACUCCUUUCACUUUUCCAUUUUUUCAGAGUAAAGUGGACUGAUAAAGUAAGAACAAAUGGAGCCCCGACUUUUGUAUCACACUCCACUUCUAUUUGGGCAAUAAGUGUAGGGAAGUCUCACUGAAACCCCAUAACAGACUGUUUGUGAGGAUUGAUGUUUCUAAGUAGUGAGUGGGCAAGAGCAGUGCAGCCUUGGAUCCAUCGUGGAACCACAGUCCAGCUGGACGCCCGGCCUUCGGGCCGGAGACGCUCCAAACCAGCAACUAUUCCCUGGUGUUACUGAUUCAGCUCAGUCUGCUCUCCUUCGACCUGUUUGUCAACUCCUUCAGUGAGCUGCUGAGGACUGAACCGGCUGUCCAACUGGUCCUCUUCAUGUAAGUAAGAGUUUCUCUCUAUGUCUGCAGCAAAGUUUUAUUUUUGCCUCCGGGGAAAACUCUCAGCUUAAAAUAGCCUGCCUCAGCUGUGAAUUCUAAGUCAUCCUGGAUGAAAUAAAAGACUACUGGACACAGACCUUGUGCUCUUCCUGUUCUUAUAACAUUUGCUCCAAAUGGUCACAACUUUCCCCCUUUUUUCUCUCUUUCUCUCUUAAACAGUAUGCAGGACAUUUCCAUCCUGUUCAACCUGAUCAUCAUUCUGUUGAUGUUGUUCAACACCUACGUAUUCCAGAUCGGCCUGGUGGCCAUAUUGCUGGAGCGGUUUAGAGCUCUACUAAUGCUCUCUGCUCUCUAUCUGACCUUCAGUAUUGUACUGCAUUCUUGGCUUAUGGUACGUAGUGUGUUAACACAGGGAGAAUGAGAUUUCUUAAAAUCUUGGUCCAUUUGACUAUUAACUACAAGUUGCACGUUUAUGUAUUAUGUAUAAGAAAAAAUAGCAUGUGAUAAUCCCUGAACAACCAGUCCGAGGUAAAUUUUUACCCACUUGUGAUAUUGUUGACAGUAAAGUGGAUAAGAUGGUUAUCAGCCUUCAUCCUGUUUCAAUUUCUUUGUUUCAAAAGCCAGGACAUCAAAAAUCAUUGUUCAUGGUCUUGGCAUAUUCUUUUCAGAAUCUGCGUUGGCUGAACACCAACAGAUUUAUUUGGACAGAUGGCCUUCAGGUGCUUUUUGUUGUCCAAAGAGCUGGUAAGAUUAUUCCUACCUCUUUCUUAUUCUCAACUAAAAAGCAUGUAGUCUGAUUUUUUUCUUAUUCAAGAGGUCCAAAACUUAAGUUGCACUGUCUGUGGAGCUUUAUGCCAAUCUUUCUCCCAUCAGAAUGAAGCAGAGCCAUGCCACCAUUAUCUGUUAUCAGAUUCACAUGAUUAACAUUUGGGUUUAAUAAGGGAAUGACUACAAAGUACUUCCUCAGUAGAAGUGAGAUUUAUGAGACAGCAAAUGCUGAAUUUGAGUUCAGUGACAAUCACAAUUAUCUACAUACCCUGUGCAAGGAUUUCUCCUAUAACUCUAGGUUUCCUUGUAACCACUACAGGCAGGCUUCUGUCACUAUUUGAUUAAUGGGAGCCGUGUGUAUGCAGCAUCAUUAUGUACUUUGUCUGAAGGACUGCGUAUGGCUUAAAAUCUGUCAAUAAUUUAAGUAGAACAAAUAGUUCCUUAGAGUCAUUACCAUACUAAACUCAGAAGGUCACCAGCCAGCUCACAUUGGUGCUGAUAGUUCCCCAAUCCCCACCUUUCUCUCCAGGCAGUGAUCUCACAGUGUCAUGUGGGUGUGAAUUUCAUACCAGUAUAAGAUCGUAAGUGGAUGAAAGGAUUUAUUGUCUGGCUCUUGUUCCUCUCAGCAGCAUAUCUAUUAUUAAGUAUGAGAACGCAUGGUAGCCAUGUUUCAUAUGCCUCUUUGUUUUGACUGCUACUUAAGACGCACUUAGGCACUUACUCAGUGUGGUGAAGUGUUGCAUCACAAACUCUCUUUGCAUAUCAAUCCUCUUUAAGACACUGUAACUCUGUUGGACUGACUUCUCUUUUAAGGUUCCCAAAAAUACCUAGUUGUGAAUUCUGCAAGGGGUUGUCCACUUCUUUGUCUUUACUUGCAUUACUAAUUUCAAUACACAGUUCUAUCAUACUGUGUUCUGAAGCCACUAACUCCAAAAUGGCUGAAGACUUACAGAAGCAAAUAAGUCAAAAGAUAUUCAUGAACAUUAAUAACAUUUGCCACAUUUUUGUGCCUCAAAAUGUAAAUGAUUAUUGAUCUAGUAAUAGGUAAUAGUUUAAAAAUAUCAGCUUUACCACCUACCAUGACUAUGAUGAGCCACCCUAAACUUAUGGGCUUAUAAAGCUUUUGCAAGUUGACUUUUAUGCAAAUAUUUACACAAAUAUUGCAUGUAACAUCCUUGAGCUAAGCAAAAACAAGUCAAGGGUUUGCACCCCUGUGAUUUACGUAACUUAAGGUUUAGGCUAAACAGACAAAACAGUGACAUGGAUCUCAAUUGAAAUGUCAAGCAGGUGCUUUAGCAGAGUAACGGCAAAGGGAAAUCCAGGAUGAGACUAAAUAAUGUCUGCAAAAAACCUUUCUAGUCCUCUUUAGUCUAAUUUUCCACAUAAAAGAAUGCUGAAUUUUUUCACACAGCACCUUUGAGGCUGAUUAACUAGUGAUAUUUUCUGCAUGUUUUGAUGUUUUAUACCUGUAACAUUCUCAAAUAUUUUCUUGUUCACAGGUUCUGUGUUGUACUACUACUUUUACAAGAGAACCUCAGAGUACCUGGGUGACCCCCGGCUCUAUGAGGACUCGCCGUGGCUGCGAGAAGUCUUUGUUCGAGCCAGACAGUGAUCCUUCAGCAAAACAGCACACGGUGUAGCACGGGCCCAUGUAAGAGUAAAAAACAGAAACCAUAACAUAUUUGGAAUCAGGAGAGAAUAUAUGCAAAAAACUAAGUGUGACAAGUUGAAUAUAGUACAGUCUAAAUGUAUAGGAAAUUGUUUUCAAAUUCAUUUCAGAUCACAAAAGCAGU